AAUUUGCAUGAUUAUCAACUUGCUAGAGAUAGGAGUAGAAGGGCUAUCAGGAGAACUGCUGAUAGUAUGCCUGAUUAUGCUUUCAUUGUGCAUGAUACUUCUAUGUUUGCAUUUUCUGUGUUUGAAUCCCUAGAGCUGAAUGAACCCAAGACCUACCGUGAAGCCUCAGGUUCCAAAGAGUCUCAGAAAUGGAUUAGUGCCAUGAAAAGUGAGAUGGACUCUUUGAGAGUGAACCAGACUUGGACCCUUGUACCUAGACCCCUCAACUGUUCGGUAGUUGAGUGUAAGUGGUUGUUUAAGGUUAAGGAAGAACCUAGUGAUGUUAGGUUUAAGGCUAGGUUGGUUGCGAAGGGGUUUACUCAAAAAGAGGGGGUAGAUUAUGCAGAAAUCUUUGCUCCUGUUGUUAAAUUCACCACUAUUCGUAUGAUGCUUGCUUUAGUUGCUCACCAUGACUGGGAAAUGAAACAAAUGGAUGUAACUACUGCAUUUUUGCAUGGUGAAUUGGAUAAAACAAUUUAUAUGACCCAGCCUGAGGGCUUUGUGGAUCCCAAGAGAAGUGAGAAUGUAUGUUUGCUUAGGAAGGAUUUGUAUGGCCUGAAGCAAUCCCCUAGGUAGUGGAACAUCAAAUUUGAUAAAUGCAUGAUAUAUUUGAAGUUCAAAAAAUCUAUUUGUGAUCAUUGCCUGUAUUUCAAAAAUACUUCUUCUGUGCCUGUAUUUUUGUUACUCUAUGUGGAUGACAUGCUGAUAAUUAGUCCUUCUCUGAAUGCUAUUAAAGAUGUGCAAAAAUGUCUUUGUGCGAAUUUUGCCAUGAAAGACCUAGGUGAUGCCAAGAGGAUCCUAGGCAUAAACAUUGUUAGGGAUAGGAGUAAGCGUACUCUCACUUUGAAUCAGAUUUCUUACAUAGAAAAAGUUUUGAGUAAAUUUAAUAUGUUAUCUGCUUCUCCUGUUAAUAUCCCGCUAUGGCAUCUCACUUUGUGUUAAGUAAGGAUCAGUCUCCCAAGACUGCUCCUGAAAUUGAGAAAAUGAAAUCUGUGCCUUAUUCCAGUGCAAUAGGGUCGGUGAUGUAUCUUAUGGUUAGCACUAGACUUGAUAUUGCAUAUGCGGUUAGUUGCUUGAGUAGAUAUAUGUCCAACCCUGGUUUGCCCCAUUGGAAUGCUCUUAAGUGGUUGCUUAGAUAUCUGAUUUCUACUGUGAAGCAUGGAUUAAUUUUCUCUAAAUGUGCUAGUGGUAUUGAAUUGAUUGGUUAUGUUGAUUCUAACUAUGCAAAUGAUAGAGAUAACAGGAAGUCGACCACUUCUUAUGUUUUUACUUUGUGUGGCUCUUGCAUUAGUUGGAAGUCUCAACUACAGCCUAUUGUGGCCCUUUCUACCACUGAGUCCGAGUAUGUUGCAGCCACAGAAGCGUUUAAGGAAGCCAUCUGGCUCAAACGCCUUGUCUCCGAAAUUGGGUUUCUCAAAAAGGGAGUUACCAUUUUCUCAGAUAGCCAAUCGGCUAUCCAACUUUGCAAAAAUCCUGUAUUUCAUGAUAGAACUAAGCAUAUUGAUGUUAGGUUCCAUUUCAUACGUGAUAUUGUUGAUGCAGGUGGAGUCAAGCUGUGCAAGAUCCCGUCGGAGUUUAACCCCGCGGAUAUGGGUACCAAGUGUCUUUCUGCUGAGAAGCACUUGUCCUGUAAACGCGUGUUAAACUUUGACUGUGGAUAACUGUGGGUUGCCUAAUUAAGUGUUUGCCCGUUGUGUCUUUUGAUAUUCCGGGUGACCCGGCGAUGAUGAGUCUUAUCACAACUUUGUAUUGUUACUCUACACCACCUAGGACCAAUAAGGUGGAGAAUGUUGGAGGUAUUGGUCCUACCAAGGCCUCCCUUCCACUUUAUUUGUUGAGGCUUGCACACUCUAUUUUUACUCUCCCUUGGAUACCUUUUCUUUGGUAUAUAUCCUGAUCAAAUAUAUACCUAGUUUGAGUGGUUGACUUACCCACUUGGCUGGCCCCCUUUGUGUGCUGUCCGCUGCAUCCAUCUUUGUCUUGGCUUAACAUGUGACUUUCCUUGUCUAAGUAGCAUGUGAGUGUCUUUUGUUUUGACCUCACCCGUGACUCCCUUUGGCAACCUAUUUGUAUCCUCUGCUUCUUCCCUUGUUGAGCAGCCUGCGUGAGUGUUGUAUCCCAGACUGCAGAGCUCCCUUUCUUCCUCCUUUGUGUGAGAAUAGAUAGGUCCUUAGUGGAGAGUAAUAUUUGGGUGUGCUAUAGCUUCCUCUUAGUGUGGUGUGUGAGAGUGUGUGUUGAAAGAGCUGAGCCGGAGACGGAUAUACGAUCCUUACAAAGAGCAUUAUUGGCUCACAACUACAUCUAUAACACUUACAAUACAAAACUCUUCUCACUCUAGCUGCAGUGACACUAGUGCAAAAUACAUGUUCUAUAACUAACGAUUCGUAUGGGUUAGAAAAGAACCGUUAUGGUAUGAAGGCGCGGAGUCUAAUUCAUAAAUAAUGAAACAUUCAUGUCACUUUUGUACGUAGUAGUUGAAGAUUAAAAAUUUCAUUUAUAACGGUUGCUGGAAAAGCUGACAUAGAAAGCCAAAAUGGGGUUAUAUUUACAAUUUUCUUAAAAUGAGAUUUGAUUCGGGGUCUUUUUCAUGAAUUUGAAAAAUACUCUUCUAUGUCCGUUCAUAUUAGACCCUCAUAGAAAGUGUUGGGGAGUAAAUUUUACGGAGUAUUUGUCCAGACCAACAUCACUUCAGAGCAGCUAUAUACGGAGUACCAAAUAUUAACCCUAAUCGACUAAAGACAGCCGCUCCACCAUCGCCGCUCCACCUCUGCCGCUCCACCUCCGCCGCUCCACCUCAGCCACUCCACCUUCGCCGCUCCAUCAUCGCUGCUCUUCCAUGGUGCUCUAUUUCACUAUUCGCGCAUAUGUCCUUCGCCGCCGGAUUUUCAUCACCUACAACCGCUCCAUAUUCUAUCGCGAGUCCGCCAUCCUCCACCAUAUCUAGUUAGAUGGAAGCUAUUCUAAAGAUGGAGAAACAGUGAUAAUGGGGAGAUGACAUCAGUUGUCCAAAACAAGGGAGGUAGAACCAAAGCUCCCUUUGAAUAUGUGUGUGAAUUGUUUAGAAGACAAAUAGAUUCUUUCCCAGGUAUUAAAUGUUCAAGAUCUUUUCACUCAACGUGAUGAUGCUGACAAGACGUGAGAGCAGUGGGCAUCGUCUGUUAUAGUAUUUUUAUUGGAUGUUAUUAGCAUCAUGUCUUCAACUAUCUGUAAUAAAAGUAUAUGUUGAAUACUAGUGGUAGAAUAUGAGGGAUUAUGGGAAUAUUGUAUUUUUACUUCGUAC